AUGAGUCCCAAGAUAGAAGAUUACCAAAAAAACUUUCUCGAUCUGGCCAUUGAAAGUGAUGCUUUGAGAUUUGGUGAAUUCACUUUGAAGUCAGGAAGAAAGUCCCCAUACUUCUUCAAUCUAGGUCUUUUCAAUACAGGUAAAUUGUUAUCAAAUCUAGCCACUGCUUACGCUUUAGCCAUUAUUCAAUCAGGUCUAAAAUUCGAUGUUAUCUUCGGUCCUGCAUAUAAGGGUAUCCCAUUAGCUUCUAUCGUGUGUGUCAAAUUGGCUGAAAUCGGUGGUACUAAAUAUGAAAAGAUUAAGUAUUCAUUUAAUAGAAAGGAAGCUAAAGAUCAUGGUGAAGGUGGUAGCAUUGUCGGUGCCGCUUUAGAAAAUCAAAAAGUUCUUAUUAUAGAUGAUGUUAUGACUGCAGGUACUGCAAUUAACGAGGCCUUCGAUAUUAUCAAGAGUAAUAAUGGUCAAGUUAUCGGUUGCAUUAUCGCCUUAGAUAGACAAGAAGUUGUCAAUACAGAUGCCACAGAAGAUAAUCGUCAAAGUGCUACCCAAGUGAUUAGUAAAAAGUAUGGUAUUCCUGUUUUGAGUAUUGUGUCCUUGUCGAAUAUUAUAAGCUACUUAGAUGGUAAAAUUACCCCAGAAGAGAAAAAGUUGAUUGAGAACUAUCGUUCCACUUAUGGUUGCUAA